AUGAGAAGUGCUGUUGGUGGUGUUGAUCACUAUUAUUGGUAUGUUUUCUGGAUUUCUUGUACCUUCGUUGCAACCUUAAUUUACUCACUUUAUUACCACUCUUCCAACCCCACCAACCCUGAGCACUUCCUCCACAUCACAAACUCACAUCAACCAACAUCUUGCACUGGCCGCUAUAUAUUCAUCCAUCAACUCCCACCAAGCUUCAACUCAGACAUACUCUCCAACUGCUGCAAAAAUCUUAGCAAUGCCACAACCCACACUUGUCUUUUCUUUUCAAACUCUGGCCUUGGAUUACCUCUUGAUGAUGAUGGUGAUGCUUCUAGUGGCUGGUUUAACACUGAUCAGUUCUCUCUUGAUAUCAUCUUCCAUCAUCGAAUGACAAACUAUGAAUGUUUAACAUCAAAUUCAUCUCUUGCUUCUGCUAUCUUCAUCCCAUUCUACGCUGGUAUUGACUUUGCUUGUCAUCAGUGGGGGUUUAACACAUCAGUUAGAGAUUUCCUUUCAAUGGAGGUUGUUAAGUGGUUAGCUUCAAGGCCUGAGUGGGAGGUCAUUGGAGGGAAGGACCAUUUCAUAGUGGCAGGGAGGACUACGUGGGACUUUAGAAGGAUCAAAGAUGAUGAAGAAGCUCACUGGGGCAACAAGCUGUUUUUAUUGCCUGAGAUUUCCAACAUGACUGUUUUGACAGUUGAGUCUCCUCCAUGGGAUUCCAUUGACUUUGCAGUACCUUAUCCUACUUAUUUCCAUCCUUGCAAUAACAACCAGGUGAUGUCCUGGCAAGAUAAGGUGAUUGGUUUAGCAAGACCAUGGCUUUUUGCAUUUGCUGGUGCCCCUAGGCCUGAUCAGAAGGACUCGAUUCGGCAAAUCCUUAUCGAACAGUGCCGUUCAUCGGUGAAUUGUUACUUGUUGGAUUGUGUAUCAAGUCCUGGUAAUUGCCAUUCUCCUACUCGUGUUAUGAAGGUGUUCGAAAGCUCGUCGUUUUGUUUGCAGCCGAGAGGAGAUUCUGCGACGAGGAGAUCGAUGUUUGAUGCAAUGGUGGCUGGGUGUGUGCCUGUGUUUUUCUCUUCAAGGACUGCUUAUGAGCAGUAUAUAUGGCACUUGCCAAGUAAUCAUUCACUUUACUCAGUGUUUAUUGCUGAAGAUGAUGUGAGGAAUGGGAAUGUUAGUAUAGAGGAGGUGUUAAGUGGGUAUAGUGAAGAGCAUGUGAGGAAUAUGAGAGAAGAGGUUGUGAGGAUGAUACCAAGAUUGGUUUAUGGUGAUCCUAGGGUUAGGGUUGAAGGAUUCAAGGAUGCUUUUGAUUUGGCUGUUGAUGGUGUUCUUAGAAGAGUGGAAAGGUUAAGAAAAGAGGUGAAGGUGAUGCAUGGUUAA